AUGCUGAACACGACGACCGUCGCGCCUGAUACGCUGAUCAAAGUACUGCCUGGAAUGACUGGCACAUCGAAAGAGCUCUUGCAACACUUAUACACGAGCUUGGCAGUUGGACGAAGGGAUCGUGCUGCAGCCAUUGCCCAGCGAAUGGCCGAGCAGUGCGGACCCGAUUCGCCCGAGGCAAGCCAUGCGCACGCUGCUUAUUUGGAAGACCUGUUCAAGACGUUAGCAACACACGGUCGCGAUUCGCCACUGUCGAACAUGGCAUUGAGGGAGAUGCAAAGAUGGUUUGAAGUGGAAGUUCGGGGUAAAGGGGUACAACCGAACGAGAAGAUGCUCGUCAUCAUGAUGCGGGCUGCGAUCCGAUCAUUGGAAGGUUCAAGACGCGAUCGGUCAAUCCGCAGAUAUGUUGAUCUGUCUCGCGGGCUUGGUGACGAUGCUAUGGACGAGGUUCUGUUUUCCGAAGAGUACGACGACAACGAGUUUGCAAUCCUUGGACGAGCGACUCAACAGGUGGACGCAGACGUCGAAGCUGAGCAGCAAGAUGCUGCCCCUGAGCCAGCCAAAGAGGAGGUUAAAAGCCGUGCUCACGUGAGAAGAACGGAUUUGGUGGACAUGGACACUAUCCCGGAAGUUCGAUCGACGGAACAGAAGGGAGUGGGAUUGGCUGGUAUCAAGCGGGCCAUGAACACCUUCACGGAUAUUGCACCUGCCCCGGCGGAUGCUUCUCCUGAGACACAUCGGCAAGUCGCGUACGAGAGGCAAAGACGGCUUGAGGAGACAUCAGUGGAUAUCGCAGUUGAUCGAUGGCGUAAGGCUGAUGAAGAUUUGAAGAAGAUCGGGAUUCACACGGCUAUGCAGAGCAGACCUGUUUCGGCCCUAAUGUGGCAAUGGUACCAGACGCUGCUUCCAGCCCUUGAGCGCGAGCUUGAAGAGGUCAAGAAAGCUCUCAGUACGCCUUCGAGGUUCGAAAACGAUCGCCACAUAUACGGUCCGUACCUCGAGCUUCUGCCUCUCCCGAAAGUAGCCGCCAACACGAUUCUCUUCACAACGUCAAGAAUGGCCGCUGGCAAAGAUAGUGCCACGAACAAGUACGACCAAGAAGUCAAACUGGGAAAUCUCACCGUUGGGCUUGCUUCAGCAAUCGAAUCAGAAUGCCAUACCGAAGCGUCUGUCAAGCAGCAAGGCAAGAAGCGAAGGGCCAGAGGAGGCAGUAUGAGUCGGCUGAGGAAGAAAACACUUCGUGCUUUGAAGAAUGAGGAAACUUCAGAGCAGACUACGAAGAAGAGCAAGUCCAAGAAACAACACAACCUGGAGGUGCUGGCAUCGCUCGAGUGGCCGACGAACACCAAAGUGAAGCUCGGCGCUAUGCUAAUCUCGAAACUUAUUGAGACCGCGCAGCUUCCUGUAACGCGAGAACAUCCCAGGACCAAGCAAAAAGUGACGCAACUGCAGCCAGCUUUCCUGCAUCGCGUAAAGUAUCAACGUGGAAAGAAGAUCGGGUUGAUCGUCCCAAAUCCUGCACUCAUUGACAAGAUGCAGAGCGAGCCGGUAGGAAGCCUCCUAGCCAAGCGAAUGCCCAUGGUGGUCGAGCCCCAGCCUUGGACAGGAUGGAGUGAAGGCGGCUACUUGCACUACCCAAACCCGAUCCUUCGGCUUCCUGUUGGUGACAGAUCCGGCAAAGACUACUUCAUGGCAGCGGAUGACAAGAAGGAGCUCGAAACUGUAUACAAAGGUCUGACAGCUCUGGGUCAAGUCCCUUGGAAGGUCAACUCGGACGUGUUCAAGGUGCAGCUUGAGGCUUGGAACUCUGGGGAUGAAGUCGCCAACUUUGCACCCCUUCAUCCUGAUAUGCCGCUACCACCCGAACCUCAAGAUCCAUCGGAUGCGAACGCUCGGCGGAGAUGGUUGAUGGAGGUGCGUGAACUCGAAAACAAAAAGAGUGGUCUUCAUUCGAAGCGAUGUUUCCAGAACUUCCAGCUCGAGAUCGCGAGAACCGUGGUGAACGAAACACUAUACUUUCCCCACAACAUGGACUUCCGUGGACGAGCGUAUCCGAUCCCGCCUUACCUCAACCACAUGGGAGCAGACAACGUGAGGGGACUUCUCGUCUUUGCCGAUGGCAAGGAAUUGGGCGAAGAUGGCUUGCGCUGGCUCAAAAUUCACCUGGCCACCGUUGCUGGACACGACAAGGCCAGCAUGGAAGAACGGAUUGAAUUUACAAUGUCGCACCUUGACGAUAUCUACGACUCGGUCAGAAACCCUCUCGACGGUCGGCGAUGGUGGCUCGAAGCGGAAGAUGCUUGGCAGACUUUGGCAGCGUGCUAUGAACUCACCAACGCUCUCGACUCUCCUGAUCCCACCAAGUUCGUCUCGCACUUGCCAGUCCAGCAGGAUGGCACAUGUAACGGUCUUCAGCACUACGCCGCUCUGGGAGGAGACAAAGUUGGAGCGGCACAAGUCAACCUCGAACCUGGUGACCGUCCUGCCGACGUAUAUACCGCAGUCGCCGAGGCUGUGAAAACGGAGGUCGAAAAGGACGCCAGCGAAGGCAAUGCAAUCGCCCAGAAGCUCCAUGGCCGCUUAACAAGAAAGUGCGUCAAGCAGCCUGUCAUGACCAAUGUCUACGGCGUGACUUUCUACGGCGCAAGACAACAGGUCGCCAAACAAUUGGAGGUGCUGUUUCCAGAGGUCAACCGACACGAUGUCGUAAACUAUGGGAACAUGUCACACUACAUUGCCACCAAGAUCUUCAAAUCACUCGGCACCAUGUUUGCCGGUGCACAGGCCAUCCAAGACUGGCUUGGAGUCUGUGCAGACCGUAUCUCCACCUGCUUGACGCCGGAACAGAUCAAGCAGCUGAUGACUGAAAAGAAGACAGCACCAAAGCGAGGACAAAGGGGUUCCAAGACAGACGCAGGUGCUGCGACGACACCAGCCAAACCAAUAACUAAUCUGGAAGCACAUCGCAUGAAGCUAGCAAAGCCUCUCUUCAAGUCCACCGUGGUAUGGACAACGCCUCUUCGACUACCAGUGGUUCAACCUUAUCGAACGGCGAAGGCCCGCACAGUGGUGACGAGCAUGCAGAACCUGUCGUUGCACGAACCUCAAGUCUGGGAUCCAGUGAGUAAGCGAAAGCAACUGCAAGCGUUUCCGCCAAACUUCAUCCACUCGCUCGAUGCAACGCAUAUGUUGUUGAGCGCGCUGAAGUGCAGCGAGAAUGGUAUGACCUUCGCCAGUAUCCACGACUCUUUCUGGACUCAUGCCUGCGAUGUCAACCGCAUGAGCGAGGUGCUACGUGAUGCUUUCGUUGCCAUGCACAGCGAAGACAUCAUCGGCCGCUUGCGAGAGGAGUUCCAGAUGAGGUACAAGGGCUGCAUGUACAUGGCAUCAGUUGCGGCAACCAGCAAGGUUGGCAAGGAAGUGGCACAGCUUCGGAAGCAGAUGAAAAACAGCAAGGAUGGCAUGACUGAGAUAGCGCUCGAGGCAGAGCGUAUGCGACUACUCAACAGCGAAGAUCCAGAGGAGCGCGCCAAAGGAGAGGCUAUGGUGACUCCUGGCAGCAUCGUGGCCUCUGAAGCUGACGAGGGCGCCUUUGAAGCUCCAAUGGAAAUGGCUGGACAGCGUCUGGGAGACAUUCCCGGUGGCGCUGCGACGGAAGUCGAAGCCACCAACACUGACGCCGACGAGUCUUUCCACGCGUCUGUCACAGAGCCAAACGAGGAUGCCGCAGAUGCUGACAAGGACGAAUUCGACGACGCCGAGCCAGCAGAAGCCCUUGAGGCCGCUGAAGAAGUUGUCGCCGCAGAGCAGACCACCAAAACCGCCAAAGCGAAGAAGGGCAGAAACCAACGGAAGGUCUUCGUCUGGCUCCCUCUGACAUUCCCCGAAGUGCCCAAGAAGGGCGAUUUCGACGUGAGGAGGCUACGGGAAAGCCGAUACUUCUUCCACUGA